AUGGGAGAUGUUCAUCGACUAGAAAGUCAGAUGGACAAAGGUAGCCGAGAUGAGCUCAAAGUAUUUUCUAGAACAGCACAUUCUGGAGCUGAGCCAAGAGCAGGUUCGGCCAUAAUUGAACUGCUAUACGUAUCUUCAGAGAGUCGCUUCAACACCUUGGCAGAGCUCGUUCACCACCACUCAACAGUGGCUGAUGGACUUAUCACCACCCUACACUACCCAGCUCCCAAACGUAACAAGCCUACAAUUUAUGGAGUCUCCCCAAAUUAUGACAAAUGGGAGAUUGAGCGAACGGACAUUACAAUGAAACACAAGCUGGGUGGAGGACAGUAUGGUGAGGUGUACGAGGGAGUGUGGAAAAAAUACAACCUCACUGUGGCAGUGAAGACACUGAAGGAAGAUACCAUGGAAGUGGAAGAAUUCUUGAAAGAGGCUGCAGUUAUGAAGGAAAUUAAGCAUCCCAAUCUGGUACAGCUGCUAGGUGUAUGUACCCGGGAGCCUCCGUUUUACAUCAUCACAGAGUUUAUGACUCACGGUAACCUCCUGGAUUACCUACGUGAUUGCAGCAAGGAGGAGGUGAAUGCUGUUGUGCUGCUAUACAUGGCAACUCAGAUCUCCUCUGCAAUGGAGUAUUUGGAGAAGAAAAAUUUCAUUCACAGGGACCUUGCCGCUAGGAACUGCCUUGUAGGGGAGAACCACUUGGUUAAAGUGGCUGAUUUUGGACUAAGUAGGUUAAUGACGGGGGACACAUAUACAGCACAUGCUGGGGCAAAGUUUCCCAUUAAAUGGACUGCUCCAGAGAGUUUAGCCUACAACAAAUUUUCAAUCAAAUCCGAUGUGUGGGCAUUUGGUGUCCUCCUGUGGGAGAUUGCAACUUAUGGCAUGUCUCCCUACCCUGGAAUUGACCUUUCACAAGUUUAUGACCUUUUGGAAAAGGACUACAGGAUGGAGCGGCCUGAGGGCUGUCCAGACAAAGUCUAUGAAUUGAUGCGAGCAUGUUGGAAGUGGAACCCAGGGGACCGACCAUCAUUUGCAGAUAUCCAUCGAGCUUUUGAUACAAUGUUCCAAGAAUCGAGUAUAUCAGAAGAGGUCGAGAAAGAGCUUGGGAAGAAAGGAGGGAAAUGCUGUGUUAGCAACAAACCACAGGCACCAGAACUGCCGACCAAAACACGCACUCUUCGCAGAACGACUGAGAGCAAAGAGCCAGUUGAAGUUCAGGAGGUGUCCCAUUCAAUAUUUAAAGUCCUGGGCCAACACGAUUCCGGGGAUCACGAGAUGGCAGUUUCUCCCAUGCUCCCACGCAAGGACAGAGACCAGGACAGCAACCUGGACGAUGACCGCUUGCAGUCCUUCACCAAGGAGAAGGGCAAAUCCAGUUCCAUCUUCAGCUCCUUCAUCAAAAAGAAGAAGAAGACAGCACCUGCCCCUCCCAAGCGCAGCAGCUCUUUUCGAGACACGGACGGGCAGUCGGAGAGAAAGGGAGAAGCGCUGGAAGAUACCAGUACAGCUGGGAAAGAUACAAACAAUGGAGCCUUUCUCAACAGCGUGGCCCCUCUUGAAGCAAUCGAUCAUAGUAAAUUGCAGCAGUCAUUUAGCACUGUGGCACAAACUGCCAGCAAUGGAAGUGGAGGUGUCGCCAAUGGAAGCUUCUUGGGAACAACUGGAUUCUUCUCUCCGCAUUUGAAGAAAUCCAGCACGUUAACGUCCAGCAAAGCUGCAGGGAAUGAAGAGGAGCCAAUGUCCAACACCAAAUGCUUCAUAAGAUCUUGCUCUACAUCCUCAAUGCCCCCAGGUGGCAAAGAGAUGGAGAGGAAAGCCCUGACACUGCCCCGCGACCUCCAGUCUGUGGGGAAGCCAACAGAGUCUGUGCUGCCCUCGGGCUGCGACAGGAUUGAGAAGCCAGCACUGCCUCGGAAGAGGACAAAUGAGACUAAAGUGGACAUGGUCCCUCGGGGAAGCAUGACUGCUCCGCCUCGGCUGCCAAAAAAGACGGACGAGUUAAACGAUGAUGUUUUUAGUAACCUGGAGUCCAGUCCCAGCUCGAGCCCACCAGCAUCGACUCCAAAACUUGUCCGCGGGCAGCUAGUGACUCUUGUGUCCAGCAAUCCUGGCCUCAAGGACAAAGACGAGGGUGGGAAGAUUUGUGCCUUAAAUUCCCCACAGGAGCAUGUCUCCUCCAGCCUGGCUGCCCCUGCACUGAAGCAGAGCUCCACCUCCAUCCCUGGGGGGGUGAAUCUGCUGACUGAGGACUCGAGAGCGCGAAGGUUCAAGCAGGCUCCCGACCAGCUGCUCUCUGCUCCCGUUAGGGACCGGGGCAAACUGCAGAAACCCAAGCCAGUUCCCCCUCCUCCACCAGCGACAAAAUCCCUUCGGCCGCCUCGGAGCCCAACCCACGAGGCUGCAGCUGAGGGCACCACAGCAGGUGUCAAACCCAAACCAGUCAUGGACACUUCAAGUGGGGAGGCUACAAAGGCCCCCCCGCCGGGGGAUGCAGUUAAGAGGCCUGCCCUCCAUUCCACGCCAAAGUCCCAGUCCUCAACGAGGCCGUCAGCUGCCUCCUCAUCCUCCGCACAGCUUGCCUUACCAAAUCCAAGCACCGAACAGCAAACCUCCACCACUACAGCCUUCAUCCCCCUCAUCUCCACCAGGGUGUCUCUGCGCAAGACCCGGCUGCAGCCCGAGAGGAUGGCCAGUGCCAACAUCACCAAGGACACAGUUUUGGAAAGCACUGAGGCGCUCCGCGUGGCCAUUGACAAGAACUCUGAGCAGAUGGCCAGCCACAGCGCGGUGCUGGAGGCGGCCAAGAACCUGUACACCUUCUGCACCAGCUACGUGGACUCCAUCCAGCAGAUGCGCAACAAGUUUGCCUUCAGGGAGGCUAUCAACAAGCUGGAGAGCAACCUCCGCCAGCUCCAGAUUUGCUCAGCCAGCCAGGACUUUAGCAAACUGCUGUUGUCUGUGAAAGAAAUCAGUGACAUCGUCCAGAGGUAGCAAAGGCUCUUGGGGGGGUGGGUGGUGGGCUUUAGUGGAGGAGGGUGGACAAAAUAUGUACACAGAAAGCUGCUCCCAGACUCCGUAACAGUAUGAUAGAAUCAGGAGGAGGGCUUGAAUUUGGCUGCUUGCUGCCAGAGGUGUGCACAGAAACGUAGCUUUUAUUGCUGAGUGGCCCUGUAAAUUCCUCGUGUCUGCUUCACUUACCUCUUGCAAGAUCUUUGUUAUCACAUGCAAAGACUUGUACUGUACACAAACAGGCGAUUCGGCUUAAUAGAUUCACUCUAGCCUACGUUCAGCCUUCCCUUUCACUCCGUCCCUAUCUUCCUCGUGCGCUUAACAGUUUCGAGGCAACAGCAGUUAAUUCCUGUCCAAAGUAUAAGAGGAUCACCAUUUCUCAUUUGAUAAAUAGCUGUGACAGUUUGAUUCGUAUUCGGGAGCCAGCAAGAUACUUGUGUAUCACAAGUCAGCGAUUGUUGAUUAAAACCCAGAACACGUUGUAUCUUUUAAUGGAGUGCUGAUUGUUAAGAGAAGACAGUGGAGGCAAAACCUCAUGAUCACUGACAACCUGAUCCCUCACUGCAAUUCACCUUUCAUCAUUUGCACUGGAUUUCUUUAAGAAAGAGAACAUUAUGUAGUUUAGCUCUUGCAGUAUUAAACAAUGGACAGGAAUAGCGUAUGAUCACAAUAAAUUUUGUUAACACCUCAACAUACAGUGCUUUCCUUUGGUUAUGGGGCUAUGGGAUUGUAAUACCAUAGCUGCAAAUUAACACAUGAUUCCACAUCAUGCACUCAUUGUAACUGAAGAGGUUGUUAAAGUAAUGAGUUGAAUGCUACUGUAAGUGGCAGAAAGCAUCAAAUAAUAGCUCACCACUUGUACAGUUCCUACCUCAUUAGCACUGGUGUCUCAUUUGAAAGCUUAAAAAGCAGACACAGAAAGCAGUGAAAUCAGCCAGAGCCCUAUUACUGAGAGGUGACAAAUCUCAUCCUGGCCAGAACUGGCAUUUCUUUUCAGCAUGAAGAGGAUUUAGUUCCAAUUGGCAACUCUGAAACAAGGCAGAAACCAGUCCACAACCACUACCAUCCUGCUCCCAAUUAACACAACUGCAGAGUGUGGAAUAAUAGUCUACACUGGCACUAACCAACACAUUUUGACACUAGGAGGUGAGAUAGGGGUUGUCAGCUCUGGUCUUGAUGUAUCCUUGGAGCUUUCAGUGCAUAACCUCCCAUCUCUAAACACGUCACCCAGUAAAGGAGCUUCCUUCCCUGCCUUCUGUACUUCAAAAACACCAUUUUAAAAAAAUGUCCCUAUGAUACAUAGCAUUUGUGCCGCACAAUUACCAGGGAAUGACCAUCUCCGACAAGAAAAAGUCUCACCAUCACCACUUAACGUUCAAUGGAAUUACCAUCAUUGAAGCUCCCGCCAUCAACAUCCUGGGGAUUGCUAUUGAUCAGAAAUUGAACUGGACUAGCCAUAUAAAUACAGUGGCUGCAUGGGUACAUCAGGGACUAGGAAUCCUGCAGCAAGUAACUCAUCUCCUGAUCACCUCUCUUCAAGGCACAAGUAACAAGUUUGAUAGAAUUGUGUGGAUGAGUGCAGCUAUAACAACACUUGAAGCACAUCACAACAGCCCACCAUCAAUACACAGUGGCAGUGUGUACCAUCUACAAGAUGUGUUGUAGGACUUCACCAAGGCUGCUUAGAGAGCACAUUCCAAACUCAUGAUCUUUAUAUUCUAGAAGGACAAAGGCAGCAAAUACACGGGAACCUGCAAGUUCUCCAAACCACUCGCCAUCAUAACUUGGAAAUGCGUCACUGUUACUUCAGUGUGGCUGGGUCAAAAUUCAGGAACUCCCUCCCUAAUGGCAUUGCGGGUGUACCUAAACCACAUGGAUUGCAGCAGCUCACCAUCACCACCUCAAGGACAAUUAGAGAUGGAUAAUAAUUGCUGGCCUAGCCAGCAAACCCCACACCCCUGAAUAAAGUUUAAAAAAGCAAAUUUCCAUUGGAGUUGCUCACUGUAGUGCACAGGGGAUUAAUCCCUCAUUCCUGGAGCAGCAGUGUGUACUUAACAGUCUAAAUGCAGGAAGCUAGCUCUCGGCCAGACCUGUAGCUGUAAUCCAGACUAAUCACAGGCUCUAUUUGUAUUCUGUGUUCCAAAUACAGAUGUUCAAAGGGAUUGCUUGACAAAAUCUGAACUCAGCAGUGCCUAACACACACACACACAGGCUGCAGAAGAUCUGUUUUAAAAAUGUAACUAAACAUUGUUAUUACACAAUGCUUUUUGGUUUCUCACAGCAAGCUCCCACAAUCAGCAAAUUGAUAAUGACCAGAUAAAAAGACCUAAGCAAAGCCUUAAUCUCUGAUGAAGAUAAUAUAUUCCUGGCCAAAAUAAUAUUACUGAUAUUCAGCAAUAUUGAUUGUUAAUGCCCUUAAUUAGGAUCAAAUUAAUUGGUUCUGAGAACAAUAUGUAACAUGAAAUGAUAUGUAAUUUGUAACUAUAUAAUGCGGUAACUGGAGCAGACUUGAGGACUCAUUCCAUCUUUGAAUAUUUACAUUCUUCCAUUUCAGCCUUGCCCAGAGCUGAGAUAUACUCACAGGGCUUGAAUGCAAUAAUUUCCCAUUCGUGGUAAGGUUUUUUUUUUCCCCUCUCUGUAACUAAAAUUGCUCCCAGCAAAUGUUAAAAGUUAGUAGUCGCUAGCAAAACUCACUUGAGUAAACCGGUCUUUUGAACCAAAUGGACUGCCUUGAACAUAGCUUGUGACUUUUACCAGCCAGAAAGUUGUUAAAGACUGCAGAAUCUUGACUGCAAAAACUGAAGGAUUCACAAGCAUUUUAGUAAUCAUUAUCCAAGAUCUUGUAUUGAGGCUGUGGAUAUUGUCAAUCCUGAUGUCAGUAUGAACUAACAGUUUAAAGGGGGUGUAUUUUAAACGGGGUGGGGAAAAGUGUGGUGGGAUGGAAGAGAAAUGUCCUGUCCUUUGCUUUGGUGGGAUCACUCAGAAGCAGCCCAUAAUAAAGCCGUUAAGACGCACAUGAUGCACUGUUAUGUGGCAGUCAGAUCUUUUGAAAUGACUGACACUUAAAUACACCAUUAAUGUGUGUGAUUAGCUUGGACACUACUUACUCUGAAUCAGAAGGGCCUUGGAAAACAGACCCAUAAAAACACAAUGUGAAGUAUUAAGAUGGUUUAGGUGUGAAGUAUAUCUUCACACUUCAGUUUUAUUAAGCAAUGCCUUAACUUCCUUCUCACAGCAGUCAAGAAUUGGCAUCAACCAAACAGACAUGCAUUUCAAGUUCAUUAAUCAAUUAUGAGAUGACUUUAGCAUCCACAAAUCUCAGCAGUUGUAAAGUAAAGCUGAUUCUUUCAUUGGUUAUUAGAAUGAGGUGUUCUUGUAUUGUGAUAGAACUGCAUUAUGUUGAAACCUGGAGCAGGAAGGCUAAAUGUGGCAGUUUGGAGGCAAAUUAGUUUCCAAAUCUGACAGCUUGCUUUUUUUUCUUUUUAAUUCCACUUAAUGUUCUGAAAAGACUUGAAAGAAAUCAAAAGCUCAUCCAUUUUCUAUUGCUGGGGUCUAGCUGUAUAACUGAAGCUCGUGUGAUAGUUAAGAAGUGGUCUUGGUUUUCUUUGAUCCCUCUCUCAACAAUAAUCACUGAAGAUGUAGCCUCUGCAUUGGCCAGACAGGGUCAGCUCUGAUCCCAGUAAUAAUGGCUAGACUUUUAUGGUUGUAAUAUUUUUAUUUUGUACAUUGUAUCAGUAUUUUUUUGUGUGAAGAGAUUUCCAGUUACUAUACAACAGGAAUUUAGGCACAAUAUUAAAAGGACUUGAAUCUGC